UCCCUAUACUUUUUUCCAGAAUAAGUCGGGUGCUUUUAUCAAAAUUGAUCUUUAAGACCGUGGUAAACAAAGCUUUGAUUAGAUUUAACAGUAUAAAACACUGAAAUGAUAAUCAUUUAAUGAUUAUCAUAAUCCUUGGUUACCAUGGCUGAAAAUGUAAACAAACAUAACAUUUUGCAAGUUACCAUGUGAUUUAAUAGCAACACAAAAUUUGAAAUCUAAGAGUUUAUUUUCUUAAUUUUAUUUUAAUCUAUUAUUUUAUUCUCUGUUAGAUUACAAGAAAUUGAAAGUUUUGUCAUCGUUCUCUCAAAUUCACUGUCCUCCUAUUUAAAGUCCAAAAGUUCAUUGAUGUCCAAUAUCAGUGUUAUCAAUCUGGUGAAAAAAUUUAAGACACAUUUAAACAAAUUCAAAGUACUGUUUAGCCCGGUAAACAUGGUCUCUGUAAACGAGUCUCUUCUUAAACCUCCACCAUGUGUUGCAAAUAUGACAAAAUUGGAUCAGAGUCUUUUCCGUAAAUCAGUUAAUGUGCCGUAUAUCGUGGUUGAGGACAAAUUUAUUCAAGAAAUCUCAAAACAUCUGAAAUCUCAAUAUUUAACUGUGAAAGGAAUUGAUACCAUCCAGCCGGUGGACUCUGACAAUCCAAGUGAAGCUCAAGAACCCAGUUCAACUUUGAAAAAGAAGAUAAUUUUACUCAAUCCAGAUCUUGUUAAAUCACCAAAUGAUUUAGAUGAUAGAGUUAAGAAGGCGCUCAUUCAAAAAUAUGACAAGAUACAGUUGUUUGACAAAAGUAUCGAGCUAAAUUUCCACAAUUACAAUGCUCAUGAUAUAAUGGAUGCAGUGUUUCCUGAGGAAGAAAAAAGGGUCAAAUCUUGGUCCAUCAUUGGUCAUAUUUUGCAUGUUAAUUUAAGAGAUGAAAAGCUAUCCCAUAAAGAACUAAUCGGACAAAUUCUUCUCGCGACAAAUCCUUCCAUUCAUAUGGUAAUCAACAAAGCGGAGAUCAUAGACACAAAAUUUAGGAAUUUUUCCCAUGAAGUUUUAGCCAAAACACCAGAAGCUGAUAAACUUGGUACUAUUGUCACAGUUCAUUCAAAUAAUUGUACCUUUAAAUUUGAUUUCGCCAAGGUUUAUUGGAAUCCUCGGUUAAGCACUGAACAUGGUCGAUUCUUGAGUCGUUUAGACAAAAAUCGUGAUGUAGUUUAUGAUUUAUUUGCUGGGAUUGGACCCUUUGCCAUUCCAGCUGCCAAAAAGAAGUGUCGAGUUUUGGCUAAUGAUCUGAACCCUGACGCCUUUUUCUGGUUGCAAGCAAAUUCAAAAUCAAACAAGGUUGAUCAGUAUUUGACUGCUUAUAACUUGGAUGCACGUCAUUUUGUCCAAUCAGUUGUAAAAAAUGAUUUAAUUUCUUCAUGGACUUCGCCAGAGGUAACAGAAUAUAUUAUUAAACCAACUUAUCACGUACUCAUGAACUUACCUGGAAUGGCCAUCGAGUUUUUAGAUGCAUUUGUUGGUCUUUUAGCUGAAAAGGCACAGGAUGAAACGUUCCGACCAUUAGUUAUAUCUCCUUUGAUACAUUGUUACACUUUCUUAAAACGAGAUCUUAACCCUGUCGAAGCAAUCGUCGCAUUGGCCGAGGAAAAGAUACAAUCUAAAUUGCCCGAUGACUAUGAAUUAAAGUUGGUCCGAACUGUGGCUCCAUUCAAAGACAUGUACCGAAUCACAUUCAAAUUACCUAAUGACGUUCUUUUCGAUACAAGAGUGAACAAAAAACAGAAAACAUGUUGAUUUUUGCUGUUUAUUUAACUUUAUUAAUUUUAUAACAUCUCAUUAGAGAGCAAAGCUUAUUAAAAGUUCUGUUUUAUGAACCACUGUAAAGACCAAGAAAUCCGCGGGAAAAAUAUCAUUAAGGUAACUGAAGGAGUUAGAGUAAACCAAUAUUAAGUUGAACUGAUACUCGUUGGUAUCAACACAAUUUUAUUUGGUGAAGCAAGUUUCAGAGUCGGAGCUCCAAAAGGGAUAUCAAAAGGGUUUCUAUUUGUUGUCAUCAGUUUUUUGGUCAACUUGUACUCCAAAUACGUUAAGGUGGUCUGUCAAUCCAUUUCCAGUUAAAGCACCUGUCAAUCCUCCUCCAUUAAGUGGAGUCUUGGAUGGUUCAACUGAUUGAUAUCCGCCGACAUUUACAUCACCAAGAACCGAACCAUGAGUUAUGGUAAAACAAGCCAAAAGAAGAGUCGAAAAUACUAAAGCGUUCAUUUUGCUGUCGUUGGUUAACUAUUUUCAAUUUUUUUUAAAUUUGGUUAACUCUGAUGGAUACAGUAGUUGAAAUGGUUGUGAAUUUGUUCUCUUUAGAAGUUCGCUUUUUAUACACUUACCUUGUUUACCUAAUUUUUACGCUGAUAUAGUAAUAUAGGAUCUAAUUUGACAAACUAAUUAAAAGAUAGCAAAUCUGGUUAAUUUUUAAUUGAACCAAA